AGAAACCAGAGUCAAGACUGGCGUGAGACACAGAGUCUGUCCCAGGGGUUCCAUCACUCUGGCCUUCCUGAACCCCAGGAGCAGUUGAUGUUCACUCUCUGCGUGUGAAGAAGACCCUUCAGCACGCUCUGGCCCACCUCUUGCUGCUCAAUUUAGCAGGGCUCUCAAAGGCCCUGGGCUCCUCCUGGGAGCUCUGCAUGAGCAUCCGGAGAGGCAGGACAUGGAUCCACCUGCUGUCUUGCUUCCUCCUCAGUCUCAGACCUGCACCCACCUGGCAGAAGAAACCUGCAUGGACCAGGAGAGAAGCCCAGCCACCACAGAGGCAGGCAGAGACUCGUUUCCCAGUGGUCAGCUGCCCAGCUCCAGCCUCACUGAAGCUGACUGGUUUUGGGACGAGCAUAUCCAGGCGAAGAGGGCCAGAGUAGAGACCAUUGUCCGAGGCAUGUGUCUCUCUCCUAGCUCGACGGUGUCAGGCAGAGCCAGGGAGAGCUUGCACUGUCCAGAAAAGGGUCGGGAGCGGAAGAGAAAGCAGAGCCUUCCCAUGCACCAAGGUCCCCUGAAAUCUAGCCCUGCCUGGGAUCGAGGGCCCAAGAAGGGGGGGAUCCAGGUGAAAGAACAGCUUCAUCUACUGAAGCAACAGCUAAGACAUUUGCAGGAGCAUGUCCUACAGGCCACAGAGCCCAGAGCACCAGCACAGAGCCCAGGAGGAACUGAGCCAAGAAGCUCCCCGAGGGCAAGGCCGAGGAACAGCUGCUCAUCUGGUGCCUGGACUGUGGAGAGCAAGCCUCACCAGAGUUCUAGCAAGGACCUCUGUGGACCAGUAAAGCCCGGAGCAGCUGAGGUCCUACAGCACUCAGAGGAGCUGAUGCUCUGUCCUUCUGGCCCACGGGCCUUGGUGGAGACUCUGAGGAAAGAACUGAGCAAGGCCGUUUCCCAAGCUGUGGACUCGGUAUUACAGCAAGUGCUAUUUGAUCCACAGAGCCAUCUCACGCAGCAGGAGCGAAGCUGCCAGGGGCUAGCAUCAGAGGGCAGAAGCCAGCCUUCACCUCCAGGGAGAAGUGCCUAUAAGGACCCACUUGCUCAUGCCACCCUGCCCAGAAAGAUCCAGCCACAAGCUGGGGUUCCCUUGGGCAAUUCAACACUGGCAAGGCCUCUAGAUUCUCCUAUGUGUCCUGUCUCUCCAAGAGGUGUCCCCAGAUCAUAUCAGAGUCCCCUACCAAAUUGCCCCUUGACAACUGUACCUUCCCACAUCUGGGAAAAUCAGAUGCUUAGGCAGCUUCUGGGUCGUGGGCCCAAUGGCCAUUGGAGUGGCAGCCCUCCCCAGGACGCAUCUUUCCAAAGUCAUACCUCCCCAGAGUCUGCCCAGCAACCGUGGGGGCUGAGCCAGCAGCAGCUCCCCUUGUCUCUCACCCCGGUCCAUCUGGAAAGCCGGCCCCUCCCACCGCCUGUGAAGAUGGAGCAGGGCGUGCUGCAGGGCGUGGCUGACUCACUUCCUUUUUCUUCCAUCCACAUCCAGGAAGGCCUGAGCCCUGCUCACCUGAAGAAGGCCAAACUAAUGUUUUUCUUCACGCGGUACCCCAGCUCCAGCCUCCUGAAAGCUUAUUUCCCUGAUGUUCAGUUCAACCGCUGCAUCACCUCCCAGAUGAUCAAGUGGUUCAGCAACUUCCGUGAAUUUUAUUACAUCCAGAUGGAAAAGUAUGCCCGGCAAGCUCUUUCAGACGGUAUCACGAACGCCCAAGCGCUGGCUGUCCUCCGAGACUCGGAGCUUUUUCGAGUUCUCAAUACACACUAUAACAAGGGGAAUGACUUUGAGGUCCCAGACUGCUUCUUGGAGAUUGCCGCCCUGACACUGCAGGAGUUCUUCAGGGCUGUCUUGGCAGGGAAAGAUUCAGAUCCUUCCUGGAAGAAACCCAUUUACAAGGUUAUCUCAAAACUCGACAGUGACGUCCCAGAGAUGCUCAAAUCACCCAGCUUCCUCCCGGGACUGUUCCCGAGUUAACAUUGAACAGAAUGAGGGCACGUAUGAUGGCACAGGCCUGGAGUCCAAGGAAAAAUCCAUACUAACAGGGCACCCUCGGAUUGGCACUGCCAUCUGAUCAGGUUGGCAC